AUGAUGCAUUACAAUACUUUGAUUGGUUUCCUCCUCGCCGCCCCAGCCCUGGCAUCUCCGAGUUAUGAGUACGAAGAACCUUCCGUGCCAUCGUCGGCUUCUGACUCCAUGCCACCUCCAUAUUAUGAUAUUCCCGUAUCCGCCAUUCCAGUGAUCGCAAGUGCUAUUCCGAGUAUGUGGAUUGAAGAAAUGAUGGACGACCCUGCUGCACGGCAGUCCAUGAUCGAUGCCAUAGAGUCGGGCACGUACCCGCCUUGGUAUUAUGAUUUGCCCGCCACCAUCAGACCUUACGCUUCCAAAGUCGCCGUUGAGGAAAUGUAUUACUUCAAUCAGGCACCACCAACAGUUGUUCCAUCUAUCAGCACUCCUAUCAUUACGCCAACGGGCUGGUGGACCGUCAGACCCAGCCCGGUCAUCUACAGCACCAGGCCUCCAAGUCCCAGCUCGACUCCUCUCCAGACGAGCUCAAGAACCAGCUCUAGUACUCCUUCAGGUUCUGGCACUGCAUCUUCCACCUUUGGCGGUGCACCCGCUGCAACGGCCGGCGCCGCGACCCUCGCUGGCGCCGGUGCCGCCGCUCUGCUUGGUAUUGCACUGGCACUGUAG